UGUGUGUGUGUGUGUGUGUGUGUAGGCUAUCGUGCUUUUUCCGAGUGAACAUUUUACACCGGUCAGAAAUACAGCGAUUUUUUUUCAAUUUGGGUCACAGAAUAGACGUAUUGCAGUCUUGGUUUUAGGGGUUUGGAGAAAAUGUGUUUGCACAAAAGCACACUUUUGCCCACACUGCUGUCGACAUUUGCUGUUUAAUUUCUCCCUAAGAGUCUAAUUCGACGGAAACAUGGCAAUUGAACGGGCGUCUAGUAUUUGUAAGUAUGAUUAUAGUGACCAGUAGGCUACAGUAAUCUCACCUAAACUUGGUAAUGAUUGUAUGUAUGCGUUUUUUAAACUUUGAUGGACUAUUGAUACAUUUUUGCAUUCAAAUCGACGUUUUUUUCAACGAUCUAAAACCAAGCAAUAUGAAUUUAUGACACAACAUUCGGCUAUCUACAGCUUUGAUUUCUAAGCGAGACUGUUGUUGGAUGCAUGGAGACAAUUAUAGGCUAAACGCAGCAUUUGACAACAGCGCCAUAUUUACAGAUUUUAAUUUUCUAUGCAAUAGCGUCUCCUACUCGUUUAGAUUCGGGCAGAUUGAAUAUUUAGGCUACCGUUAUUGGUUGUGGUGGCCAUUCGCUCUUGCGGGCACGUGCAUACACAUUGAUCCUCACACACGCAAACACACACCUUUUCACACACGCCGCAGGACGGACGCUACAUCAACCAAGACUCUUUUUGUGAUCAUCUUCCUCGCCAACUGUCAUCCGGAGCCAGCAGCUGAACAGUGCUGCAGUGGAGAGAUGGCACUUCUCCUUUUAAUUAUCCUAGUGUUCCCCUCCCUCACACCGGCCAAACACAAUACAACCACAGGAGGCUGUGCUAUCAUCCGUCCUCCCAGAGAUGGAGGGAUAAGGUAUAGAGGACUGACCCAAGAGCAGAUCCGCAGUGUACAGGUGCUACCUCUGGACUAUGAGAUUGAGUACAUCUGCAGAGGGAACAGGUGGAUCGUAGGACCCAAGGUGAGGAAGUGUCUACCCAACGGUACCUGGACUGACCUCACGCAGCGCAGCAAAUGCUUACUACUGUGUCCGCGGGUGUGGACAUCUCUGGAGAACGGGCGUGUAUCAGAGAGGCCCCUGGGGCCCCCAGUAGAGGGGACCGUACUUCAGUACAGCUGUCUGCCAGGAUUCAUCCUGAUUGGAAGGAACUCCACACACUGCAACAAGCUGGGCAAAUGGGACUCGCCCAAACCCGUCUGCCACUAUGACAGACAUUAUACAGGCAAGAAGAAGCUCUAUAUCGGUGCCCUCUUCCCGAUGAGCGGAGGCUGGCCCGGGGGCCAAGCAUGCCUCCCUUCCGCUCAGAUGGCCCUCGACUUGGUGAACAAGAGAACGGAUAUACUGCCGGAGUACGAACUGGAACUAAUCCACUACGAUAGCAUGUGUGAUCCAGGUGAAGCCACCAAGCUCCUGUAUGACCUGCUCUACACUGAGCCCAUCAAGAUGGUCCUGAUGCCCGGCUGCAGCUCUGUGUCCACGCUGGUGGCCGAGGCCGCUCGCAUGUGGAACCUUAUAGUGUUAUCCUAUGGUUCCAGUUCUCCAGCUCUCUCCAACCGUCAGCGCUUCCCGACGUUCUUCCGUACCCACCCGUCUGCCACUCUCCACAACCCCACCAGGGUUCAGCUCUUUCAGAAGUGGAAAUGGACUAAGAUCGCCACCAUCCAGCAGACUACGGAAGUCUUCACCUCGACGCUGGAUGAUCUAGAGACGAGGACCAAAGAGGCCGGGAUAGAGAUCAGCGUUCGCCAGAGCUUCCUCACCGACCCCGCCCCAGCUGUCAAGAAUCUCAAGCGGCAAGAUGCCAGAAUCAUCGUAGGGCUCUUCUACGAGACGGAAGCCAGAAAAGUUUUCUGUGAGGUGUACAAGGAGAAGCUCUAUGGGAAGAAGUAUGUCUGGUUCCUGAUUGGUUGGUACGCAGACAACUGGUUCAAGAUCAAAGACCCGUCAAUCAACUGCACCGUGGAGCAGAUGACGGAGGCGGUGGAGGGCCACGUUACCACGGAGAUCGUCAUGCUCAACCCAGAGACCGUCCGAGGGGCCUCCAAUCUGACGUCUCAGGAGUUCCUGAACCAGCUGAUGUCUAAGUUAGGGGGUAAGAACCCUGAGGAGACGGGGGGGUUCCAAGAGGCCCCUCUGGCCUACGAUGCAGUGUGGGCCCUGGCUCUGGCCCUCAACAAGACUGUGGGGCCACUGAAGGCCAAGGGCCGGAGGCUGGAAGACUUCAACUACAACAACCGAGAUAUCACCGCUGAGAUCUACCGUGCCCUCAACACCAGCUCAUUUGAAGGAGUCUCGGGCCAUGUUGUGUUUGAUGCCCAGGGUUCUAGAAUGGCCUGGACUCUUAUUGAGCAGCUGCAAGGAGGCAGCUAUAAGAAGAUUGGAUACUUCGACAGUACUAAAGGCAAUCUAUCCUGGUAUGGGAAUGACAAGUGGAUAGGUCCAGGCCCCCCAGCAGAUCAGACGGUGGUUAUAGAGGAGUUUAGGUUCCUCUCUCAGAAGCUCUUUGUCUCUGUGUCUGUGUUCGCUGGACUGGGGAUUCUACUGGGGAUAGUGUGUCUCACAUUCAACAUCUACAACAGCAAUGUCAGGUACAUCCAGAACUCCCAGCCAUACCUGAACAACAUGACGGCAGUGGGGUGUAUGAUGGCUCUGGCUGCUGUCUUCCCUCUGGGCCUCGACGGACACCACAUACACAGGAAGCAGUUCCCCGUGGUCUGCCAGUUCCGUCUGUGGCUGCUUGGCCUGGGCUUCAGCCUGGCGUACGGUUCUAUGUUCACUAAGAUCUGGUGGGUCCACACUGUCUUCACCAAGAAGGAUGACAAGAAGGAAAAGAGGAAGCACCUGGAGCCGUGGAAACUCUAUGCCACCGUGGGGGUGCUGCUGGUCAUCGACGUCCUGUCACUCAUGAUCUGGCAAAUAGUGGAUCCUCUACACGUCACGGUGGAGAAGUUUGUGAGAGAGGCCCCUAAAGGAGAUCUGGAUGUUCUGGUUCAACCGCUGCUGGAACACUGCAGCUCAGACAAGAUGAACACUUGGCUUGGGGUGGUGUAUGGCUAUAAGGGCUUGCUGCUGCUCCUGGGGAUUUUCUUGGCUUAUGAGACCAAGUCUAUAUCUACAGAGAAGAUCAAUGACCACCGCGCUGUGGGCAUGGCCAUCUACAACGUCUCAGUGCUGUGUAUGAUCACGGCUCCCGUCACCAUGAUCUUGUCGUCGCAGCAGGACGCCUCGUUUGCCUUCGCCUCCCUGGCCAUCGUCUUCUCCGUCUACAUCACCCUGGUGGUGCUCUUCGUACCCAAGAUGCGUCGCCUGAUCACCCGAGGGGAGUGGCAGUCAGACACCCAGGAGACCAUGAAGACACAGGGCUCAUCCACCAACAACAACGAUGAGGAGAAGUCCAGACAGCUGGAGAGAGAGAACAAGGAACUACAGAAGAUCAUUCAGGAGAAAGAAGAGAGGGUGUCAGAGCUGCGAAACCAGCUGGUGGAGCGACAAGCCCUCCGCUCCCGAAGACGACCCUCCACAGCCAACCAGAACCACAGCACACCCCUUCUCCCCGUCCCCUCGAACAACGACCCCAAAUCCCUCAUUCCCCCACCGGGGUACCCCAACCCCACCGCAGACAACCACUCCCUCCCUCCAUCGUUCUCCAACUCCUCCAACCUCUAUCAGCCCGACGGGAAGAUCAAUAGAAACAACUGCCACACCAGCCGGCUACAGCUCCUCUACAAGUAGAGAGAUCUGAAGGAGGGAUGACUUAUAGUAUGAAGGAUGAGUAAUGGGGUGAGCGGGGUGAGAGAUGAGGAAGCGUGAGAACGGAGUGAGCAUCAAUAAGCGAAUGGGAGUGAGCGAAUGAGUAUGAGUCAGAGAAAGUAUGCUUAGUGAACAAGAGGAGGUAGGGAGGUAGGUAGGGAGGUAGGUAGGUAGGGAGGGAGGGAGGGUGCUUAGGGAUGAGUAAGACAGUGAUCGGAGGGGCAACGGGAGUCAAACGGUGAUGAGAUUCAUUGAAUAAUAGAGAUCAGAGAGAAGAGGCCUUAUCUUAAAACAGCCAAAAAGACAAGAGGAAGCUUUCUGAAGAGAACUGUUGAAAGAGGGUAAAGGGAUUUGAAGAAGGGAAAACAGAAAGCAGAGGAUUAUCGUUUCUCUCUCUCUCUCUCUUUCUCCUCUCUCUCUCCUCCCUCCCUCUCUCUCUCUCUCUCUCUCUUUCUCCUCCCUCUCUCUUCUCUCUCUCUCUCUCUCUCUCUCUCUCUCUCUCUCUCUCUCUCUCUUCUCUCUCUCUUCUCUCUCUCUUCUCUCUCUCUCUCCUUCUGUCACUCCCUCCCCCUAGUGUCCAAUAAAUGAAAUCAUUCCAUCUUUUUUUUGAAGGGGGGACAUGAGAACAACAGUCUAUAAUUUCCAGUAAAUGAUACAGUUUUGCACCUGUUGCUCUCAGAGCAUGAUGUAUGAACAGCCAUCUGGGAUUAGUAUAUACAUUACUCCAAGUGAGGGAGAAAAGACAGGUAGUGAUGUUAUGGCUAGACAUCCAUCAUAUUUAUUGUUUACCAUAAUACCUGUUUACCAUAUUAAUUGUUUACCAUAAUACCUGUUUACCAUAUUUAUUGUUUACCAUAAUACCUGUUUACCAUAUUUAUUGUUUACCAUAAUACCAGUUUACUACCGAGAGUUUGCUGGUUUGAAUAUCUGAGCCGAGAAGGUGAAAGAUCUGGCUGUGUCCUUGAGCAAGGAACUGAAUUAACUGUCAUUUUCUCCAGAGGCAUUGUAUUACUAUGACUGACUCUGUACAACAACACAUUACACUGCACCUAUCAUACUACUAUGACUGACCCUAUAAAACAACACCUAUCAUACUACUAUGACUGACCCUGUACAACAACACAUUACACUGCACCUAUCAUACUACUAUGACUGACCCUGUAAAACAACACAUUACACUGCACCAAUCAUACUACUAUGUCUGACCCUGUAAAACAACACCUAUCAUACUACUAUGACUGACCCUGUAAAACAACACCUAUCAUACUACUAUGACUGACCAUGUAAAACAACACAUUACACUGCACCUAUCAUACUACUAUGACUGACCAUGUAAAACAACACCUAUCAUACUACUAUGGCUGACCCUGUAAAACAACACCUAUCAUACUACUAUGACUGACCCUGUAAAACAACACCUAUCAUACUACUAUGACUGACCCUGUAAAACAACACCUAUCAUACUACUAUGACUGACCCUGUAAAACAACACCUAUCAUACUACUAUGACUGACCCUGUAAAACAACACCUAUCAUACUACUAUGACUGACCCUGUAAAACAACACCUAUCAUACUACUAUGACUGACCCUGUAAAACAACACCUAUCAUACUACUAUGACUGACCCUGUAAAACAACACCUAUCAUACUACUAUGACUGACCCUGUAAAACAACACCUAUCAUACUACUAUGGCUGACCCUGUAAAACAACACCUAUCAUACUACUAUGACUGACCCUGUAAAACAACACCUAUCAUACUACUAUGACUGACCCUGUAAAACAACACCUAUCAUACUACUAUGACUGACCCUGUAAAACAACACCUAUCAUACUACUAUGACUGACCCUGUAAAACAACACCUAUCAUACUACUAUGACUGACCCUGUAAAACAACACCUAUCAUACUACUAUGACUGACCCUGUAAAACAACACCUAUCAUACUACUAUGACUGACCCUGUAAAACAACACCUAUCAUACUACUAUGACUGACCCUGUAAAACAACACCUAUCAUACUACUAUGACUGACCCUGUAAAACAACACCUAUCAUACUACUAUGACUGACCCUGUAAAACAACACCUAUCAUACUACUAUGACUGACCCUGUAAAACAACACCUAUCGUACUACUAUGACUGACCAUGUAAAACAACACCUAUCAUACUACUAUGACUGACCAUGUAAAACAACACAUUACACUGCACCUAUCAUACUACUAUGACUGACCAUGUAAAACAACACCUAUCAUACUACUAUGACUGACCAUGUAAAACAACACCUAUCAUACUACUAUGACUGACCCUGUAAAACAACACCUAUCAUACUACUAUGACUGACCCUGUAAAACAACACCUAUCGUACUACUAUGACUGACCCUGUAAAACAACACCUAUCAUACUACUAUGACUGACCCUGUACAACAACACAUUACACUGCACCUAUCAUACUACUAUGACUGACCCUGUAAAACAACACCUAUCAUACUACUAUGACUGACCCUGUAAAACAACACCUAUCAUACUACUAUGACUGACCCUGUAAAACAACACGUAUCAUACUACUAUGACUGACCCUGUAAAACAACACCUAUCAUACAACUAUGACUGACCCUGUAAAACAACACCUAUCAUACUACUAUGACUGACCCUGUACAACAACACAUUACACUGCACCUAUCAUACUACUAUGACUGACCCUGUAAAACAACACGUAUCAUACUACUAUGACUGACCCUGUACAACAACACAUUACACUGCACCUAUCAUACUACUAUGACUGACCCUGUAAAACAACACCUAUCAUACUACUAUGACUGACCCUGUAAAACAACACCUAUCAUACUACUAUGACUGACCCUGUAAAACAACACGUAUCAUACUACUAUGACUGACCCUGUAAAACAACACCUAUCAUACAACUAUGACUGACCCUGUAAAACAACACCUAUCAUACUACUAUGACUGACCCUGUACAACAACACAUUACACUGCACCUAUCAUACUACUAUGACUGACCCUGUAAAACAACACCUAUCAUACUACUAUGACUGACCCUGUAAAACAACACCUAUCAUACUACUAUGACUGACCCUGUACAACAACACCUAUCAUACUACUAUGACUGACCCUGUACAACAACACCUAUCAUACUACUAUGACUGACCCUGUAAAACAACACCUAUCAUACAACUAUGACUGACCCUGUAAAACAACACCUAUCAUACUACUAUGACUGACCCUGUACAACAACACCUAUCAUACUACUAUGACUGACCCUGUAAAACAACACAUUACUGGUUUAUGUGACAAAAAAAACAUAUAUUCUAAUGCUGAGUGCUACAAAACGAGAUCCUAUUCGAUCCUCAGGAUAAUGUGAAAUCCUAUAGCAGCACCUUCAACAUUAAAGGAGAAUCAGGAUAAUGUGAAAUCCUAUAGCAGCACCUUCAACAUUAAAGGAGAAUCAGGAUAAUGUGAAAUCCUAGAGCAGCACCUUCAACAUUAAAGGAGAAUCAGGAUAAUGUGAAAUCCUACAGCAGCACCUUCAACAUUAAAGGAGAAUCAGGAUAAUGUGAAAUUCUACAGUAGCACCUUCAACAUUAAAGGAGAAUCAGGAUAAUGUGAAAUCCUAUAGCAGCACCUUCAACAUUAAAGGAGAAUCAGGAUAAUGUGAAAUCCUUGGGCAGCACCUUCAACAUUAAAGGAGAAUCAGGAUAAUGUGAAAUCCUUGGGCAGCACCUUCAACAUUAAAGGAGAAUCAGGAUAAUGUGAAAUCCUACAGCAGCACCUUCAACAUUAAAGGAGAAUCAGGAUAACGUGAAAUCCUACAGCACCACCUUCAACAUUAAAGGAGAAUCAGGAUAAUGUGAAAUCCUACAGCACCACCUUCAACAUUAAAGGAGAAUCAGGAUAAUGUGAAAUCCUACAGCACCAACUUCAACAUUAAAGGAGAAUCAGGAUAAUGUGAAAUCCUACAGCACCACCUUCAACAUUAAAGGAGAAUCGGGAUAAUGUGAAAUCCUACAGCACCACCUUCAACAUUAAAGGAGAAUCAGGAUAAUGUGAAAUCCUACAGCACCACCUUCAACAUUAAAGGAGAAUCAGGAUAAUGUGAAAUCCUACAGCACCACCUUCAACAUUAAAGGAGAAUCGGGAUAAUGUGAAAUCCUACAGCACCACCUUCAACAUUAAAGGAGAAUCUGUUCAAGAAUAAGCAGCUGGUUGUACAGAGACAGAAGACUUGUCUUUGUCAGAUGCAUGGACCAGAUCAGCGUAAGCUAUAAGGUUUUUCCAUUCCAUGAAAAUGUGUGUUUACUCUUAAAUGUCUCUAUCAUCAUGUUUAUAAUAUUUCUGAGGAUCCUAUUAUUCUGUUCAAGAGACUGCUUUAGAGUUGGACCUAUUUCUGCUCUCUCUCUUGGUUGAAAUAACCAGAGUCUCUCUCUCUGUCUCUCUCUCUUUAUCUCCACACCUCUCUCUAGCUCUCUCUCUCUCUUCACACCUCUCUCUCUCUCUCUCUCUCGCUCUCUUUCCACACCUCUCUCUAGCUCUCUCUCUCUUCACACCUCUCUCUCUCUCUCGCUCGCUCUCCACACCUCUCUCUAGCUCUCUCCCUCUUCACACCUCUCUCUCUCUCUCUUGUUCUCUCUCCACACCUCUCUCUAGCUCUCUCUCUCUUCACACCUCGCUCUCUCUCUAUUUCUCUCCACACCUCUCUCUCUCCACACCUCUCUCUCUCUCCACACCUCUCUCUAUCUCUCUCUCUCUCUCUCUCUCUCUCUCUCUCUCUCUCUCUCUCUCUCUCUAUCUAUCUAUCUAUCUAUCUAUCUAUCUAUCUAUCUAUCUAUCUAUCUAUCUAUCUAUCUAUCUAUCUAUCUAUCUAUCUAUCUAUCUAUCUAUCUAUCUAUAUCUCCAUAUCUCUCAAUUUCAAUUUAAGGGGAUUUUUUGGCAUGGGAAACAUAUGUUUACAUUGCCAAAGCAAGUUAAAUAGAUAAUAAAUAAAAGUGAAAUUAACAUAAAAAAAUUAAUAGUAAACAUUAAUCACAAAAGUUCCAAAAGAAUAAAGACAUUUCAAAUGUCAUAUUAUGUCUAUAUACAGUAUUGUAACGAUGUGCAAAUAGUUAAAGUACAAAAGGGAAUAUAAAUAACAUUAACAUAAAUAUGGGUUGUAUUUACAAUGUUGUUUGUUCUUCACUGGUUGACCUUUUCUUGUGGUAACAGGUCACAUGUCUUGCUGCUGUGAUGUCACACUGUGGUAUUUUACCCAGUAGAUAUGGGAGUUUAUCAAAAUUAGAUUUUGGGGGGGAAUUAUUUGUGGGUCUGUGUAAUCGGAGGGAAAUAUGUGUCUCUAAUAUGGUCAUCUAUUUGGCAGGAGGUUAGGAAGUGCAGCUCAGUUUCCACCUCAUUUUGUGGGCAGUGUGCACAUAGCCUGUCUUUUCUUGAGAACCAAGGCUAUGCUCACUGAGUCUGUACAUAGUCAAAGUUUUCCUAAACAUUACACUCACAAAAGGUCUCUCUCUCUCUCUCUCUCUCUCUCUCUCUCUCUCUCUCUCUCUCUCUCUCUCUCUCUCUCUCUCUCUCUCUCUCUCUCUCUCU